GGCAGAUCUGUCGUGCAGCACGCUGCUGUGCAGGAGAGCUCGAGGGGUGCUUGGGCUGCUCCCUGUUUUGGGGUGAGAUGACCGACUCCUUGCCAUGCUUUGUUUUUAGGCAUGCAGUCCAUGUGCCCUCAGCUGUUGAAGUGAGAGUCAGCUAUGAGUUCUCUCAGCCCCGCAGUUUGAGACGUCUUUCUGAUGGUUCAUCUCUUUGAGCCAGAGCGUUAGCAGUGCUGUUGCUGGUUGCCUUCCUGUGCCAGGCCUGGUGUGCCAUCCCGGAGGCAGUGCCCUGCAGAUGGGCUGGGGAGGGCUGGGCUGGGACAGGGACUGCUGCGUUGCCUGCCAGCUGCCCUGCCCUUUCUCUUGUCCCUGCAGGCUCCAGUUCAACUUGUGCCUUCCAGGCGUGAUCAUCCCAGGCUGCAGGAGAGCAGCAAAUGGCCACAGCACAUCCGUGUCAGGAGCCCGUGAGCUUUGCGGAGGUGGCCGUGUAUUUCAGCAGGGAGGAGUGGGCGCUGCUGGACCCUGCGCAGCGAGCGCUCUACCGGGACGUGAUGCUGGAGACGUACCAGUGCGUGGCCUGGCUGGCUCCACUUCCAGCCCCCAAACCCGGGCUGAUCUCCCUGCUUGAAGGAGGGGAAGACCCCUGGAUCCCAGGUGUGCGUAGCCCUGAGGCCGUGCCAGGAGACCUGAGCCCAGCAGGAACUGGGAUUACAGAUAUACUGGAGGAUGUGCAGGAAAGUGGUGUGGCCGAAAGGCGGUGGGGUAGUGCCUGUGUGGGAGAAAUCAGAAGGGAUGUCCCAGGAGGCCUGGAGCAAGGUCAGGGUGAGCACAUCAAGAAGGCACUGGGAGAGCAUCUGGAAGAGAAAGGAAGGAGCCCACUGGACUUCAACAUAGGUGAAAAGCAGGACGUAGAGCCCAGGAGCAAGGAUGUGUGUCAGAUGAAAAAGCAGAAUCCAUGCACUGAGUGUGGGAAAAGCUUGGAAAUAGAUUCCAGCAUCAUUAACCACCAGUGCAUGCACGCAACGCAGAGCCUGUACAAGUGCUGUGAGUGUGGGAAGAGCUUCAACAGCAGUUACAACCUUACCCGCCACCAACGCAUCCACACAGGAGAGAGACCCUUUCAGUGCUCUGAGUGUGGGAAGGGCUUCAACAGCAGUUGCAACCUUACUUGCCACCAACGCAUCCACACAGAGGAGAGACCCUUUCAGUGCUCUGAGUGUGGGAAGUGCUUCAAACGCCGUUCUGACUUGAAGCAGCACCUGCGCAUGCACAGACAGGAGAGACCCUUUCAGUGUUCCAUGUGUGGGAAGAGCUUCAAAAGAAGAUGCGAGUUAAAGCUGCACCAGCGCAUCCACACAGGGGAGAGGCCCUGCAAGUGCUCUGAGUGUGGGAAGAGCUUCAGCAGAAGUUCCCACCUCACCUACCACCAACGCAUCCACACAGGAGAGAGACCCUUUCAGUGUCCUGAGUGUGGGAAGAGCUUCAACAGCAGUUCCCAUCUCACCUGCCACCAACGUAUCCACAAAGGAGAGAAACCCUUUCAGUGCUCUGAGUGUGGGAAGGGCUUCAAAACGAAGUUUGAAUUGAAGCUGCACCAGCGCAUCCACACAGGGGAGAGACCAUACAAGUGCUCUGAGUGUGGGAAGGGCUUCAAAAGCAAUUCUAACCUCACCUGCCACCAUCGCAUCCACACAGGAGAGAGACCCUUUCAGUGUCCUGAGUGUGGGAAGAGCUUCAAACGCAGUUCUGAAUUGAAGCAGCACCAUCGCAUCCACACAGGACAGAGACCCUUUCAGUGUCUGGAGUGUGCAAAGAGCUUUAAACGCAGAUCUCAUCUCAACACGCACAAGCGCACCCACAGAGCACAACGGCUGUAGAAGCUCCCCAAGACUCUGGGAACCUUCAAAAGCAGUUCCAGCCUCAUUAGCGACCGGCACUGCCACAGAAGGUACAGAUCCUGCAGAACCUCAAACUUGUGAAGAGCUUCAGCCAAAGCCCCACCCUGGUUACGACCUGUGGCUUUGUGUUUUGAACCUUACAAAUCCCUUGAGUAGAGGAUGAGCUCUGCAGCCAAAAUCCUUCUUCUUCUCUGCUGCUCUUCUUUCUCCUCUUUGGAUGCGAAUUCUGCAUGUUGCUCUCUGUCAGCUGCAGUCAAGGUGUUGAGCGGACACUCAAAGGAGAGUCCAGAGUGGGAUGUGUCACAGCCACUGGAAACCCUCUGCCAGGUGGCACGUUUCUGCCAGGGCAGUGUGCAAGGACAGUCACCUCUUAUCUCCCCUGUAGAAACUCACCUGCAUAGGUGGGAUUGGAAUACCUAGGAUGACACAGGUGGGGAACCAAAUGGUUCGAAUCUACCCGCUAAUUGUGUCCACACAGUCAGCCCAAUCUCCAUGGCUCUCCUUGCUCGAGGUGUUGAGGAGCUGUAAGGCAUGCCUGGCUGCCAAAGGGCAGAUCUGUGCUGAGGAGCUUUGCAGUCUCCCACAGCUGUUGUGGGAUGGCUAAAGGACGUGGCAAAAGAGACUGGAGUGAGUUGUGAAAAAGGGAAGGCUAUUGCCCGGGUGGUGGGAGUGGGGGUGUUGAAUGUUGUUCCCCAAUCAGAACAAGAUAAGAAUUUGGUUAAUUUCAUGGCCUCUGCUACCAUUUGGGUCCUUUAUUACAAUUAAUACCUCUUUUCAGGGGUCUUUCUACUUUAGCAGGGUUCUCUGGUACUUUGCAUUGCUCGUCCUCUAGAUAAACCUUCCCCAAAAACACAUACUCAGUAUAUAAGUAAAAUAAUAUAUACAUACAUAUAGAUAUAGAGAUAUCCAUCGAGAUUAGGUAGAUGGAGUAAGUUACAAGCACAAAGACUGAAGCUCCUGUCUGUCCAGCUUUCUGAAACACAUCUGGGCCUUCAGUUAAAGGCCAGGUAGACGUAAUAGAUAUCUUUGCAAAUCACAAACCCCUUGAUGUUGGAAAACUGCUAGCUUUUGGUGCUGGAUAGACAGGGCCUGAGCAACAGAGAAUUAAAGGAGAAGUUGAACAAUUAACAGCACACAUAUAUAUGCUAGUAACAACUUAUGUAUAGACUGCAUGAAAAAAAAAUAUAUGUCACACACAUUGCAAGAACGUCCUGCACAAAUUAAAAGGACAACUCCUUAGGGAGUGCCUGAAGAACAUAUUGAGGAACAUCUGGCACCUCCCUCCAUACUCUUUGUCUAACAAAGACUCUGAAGAAAAUCACCACAUCAGUACGAAUGAGAAGGGUACUGAGACAUGUUAGAGACAAAAGGACUGCUGCUGACUGACACCACAUGACACACGAAUUAACAAGUGAUUAACAAAUGUAAACCUUUUGAUAAGAUUGUGAACCUGGAGCACCCAGCCAGUGGGGAAACAGGGGAGGCAAGGGGUGUGUGGGGGGGGAAACAAGGUACAAAAGCUGUCAUGUCCGUACCCAUAAGCACGCUCUUCUGCUUGUGGGAUGCCUGCCACUGCAAUUGUGAAUAAAAUCUGCUUUAU